UAGAUUAAAAAAAAGAGAGAGAAAAAAAGAUAAACUCUUCUGACAUUCGUGAAGAAUCAUGUGUAGCCUACCUGAAGGGUUUGUUUUUGAGAAAACCGAAAAAUGGCAAUUCUUUUGGGAUAAUGAAUCCUUUGGAAGACAUAUUUUUAAUAUACAGCCUAAAGUAAAAAAAAAAAAAAAAAAAAAAAGAUUGGAGAUUCAGUUAGAACUAAAGUUAGACAUGAGGAAGUGACGGUAAUGUGGGCAUCCAUGGCUCUGGGGCAUACCAGCUGGCUCUGACGAGACCUUAUUUCUAAUGAAAAAGCAUGUAACGUUAGAUGGCAACUGAGGCGUAGCCUAUGGGCGUAGGCUUCAGGCGUAACCCAGAAAGAAGUAGAGCAUCAUCAAGAAAUGCAGAGGCGUAACGUUAUUGCUCAAGUAGAGGCCAAUGAAAUUAUCUUUGAAUACAGAAAUAUUUUACAAAGAAACGCUAGGAAGAUUUUUCGGUUUUGUUUUUAAAGAAAAUAUUAAUCCCGUUAUACACUCCAGUCCAGCGGUGGCGGUAUUACAACAAAUAGUUUAAAAAAUGGAAAAAGCAGCAAAAGAAAAAAAAAACCCGCGCAAUAUCCUUGAAAUUAUUUGCUAACCAGUGUCAGCGCUGUCUCCGUUCUGUUCUGUUGCACAUUUUCAGUUGUUUUCAAGAGCCAUGUCUUGCAGAAGAGGAGCUUUGAUUGUUCUGGAAGGAGUUGACAGAGCCGGGAAAACCACGCAAUGCCAAACACUUGUGCAGGCGUUACAGCAGAGCGGACGAGCGGCAGAAAUAAUGCGAUUUCCAGACAGAACCACUAAUAUUGGUCGGCUCAUCAGUUCAUACCUAGAGAAGAAAAGUGAUCUGGAGGAUCACACUGUUCACCUGCUGUUUUCUGCAAACCGAUGGGAGAUGGUGCCUCUGAUGAAACAGAAGUUGGAACAAGGGAUUAAUCUCGUGGUGGACCGCUAUGCGUUUUCAGGAGUGGCUUUUACCAGUGCCAAGCCUGGCUUCUCUCUGGAGUGGUGCAUGAAUCCAGAUGUGGGCCUUCCAAAACCAGACCUGGUGAUGUUUCUACAACUCAAUCCAGGUAUGGCAGCAAACCGUGGAGAAUUUGGAAUUGAACGGUACGAGACGAGUGCUUUCCAAAGUACAGUUACACAAAGGUUCGAAGAGCUUAUGCAAGAUUCCUCAGUCAACUGGAAGGUGAUUGAUGCUGCAAGAACCAUAGAAGAGGUGCACAAAGAUAUUAAGCGUUUGAGUGAAGACAUCAUCAGUUUAGCUGAGAAUCAGCCAAUUGGAGAGCUGUGGAAGUGAACAGAUCUCCACCUGCUCUGAAACAUUUUUAAUGAUUAAAUAAAUAUUCAUAAAAUAAACUUGUGUGUACAGACAUUUUAAACAUUAAGACAAACUCAUUCUUGUAUAAUUACACGAGCAAUCCCACCCAGUCUGCAAAUGCCCAACCUUCCAUGGCUGUCAUUUACAAAUUGAUACAGGUCCAACAUUUCACUGACUUCCAUUGGUUCAGAGUAAAUGCUGAAUCAAAUUUGAUUAGCAGGUCUCCUAACCGAAACCAUAAUAUGUGUUAUGGCAAACCUGUGUUUAAGUUAAGGGGGUAAAAAGGCACCAUAUCACUUAAAAAUUAAUCUAUAGUGUUAAGACUCAAUAUGGAUACACAUAAAUGCGACAAAGUACAUACAUACUGA